AGGCCGUGAACAGUGGGUGGAUUACACGCCUUACAGGGCGGUUCGAUUCUUUCACGCACUCAAGCAAAGGGCGCGCGCCGCAGCGUAGCCAGGUGUUGGGUUGCAUUGCGUAAUGACGGGAGACUCGCAGUUGACCAAAACCAGUUCUACCAGCUUCUCAUAAUCCAUACAUAAAUAAUCCCUUGACUUGUAAAUGGUCAAAAAAACAGAUAUAACACCACGCAGCUAAGCUCAUCUUGUUUUAGUCGCCUGAGCCUUUGUUGAGACGUGCGAAGACUCCAGUCCGACCUGAUCUCGAACUACACCCUGCGCUUGCCUCGUUAAAAAUGGAGUGGGACGACCAAGACGGCCCUCCAGAUCUCAUCGAGGCUGGGCAAGAGCUCGAUGCUGAGGAAAAGCCGGUCAAGGUCCCCAUCACUAUUGUCACGGGAUACCUCGGAGCGGGCAAGACGACCCUCCUGAAUUACAUUCUCACUGCCCAGCAUGGCAAAAAAGUUGCUGUCAUCAUGAAUGAGUUUGGUGACUCCCUGGAUAUAGAAAAAUCAUUAACGGUCAACAAGAACGGCGAGGCCGUCGAGGAAUGGUUGGAAGUCGGCAAUGGGUGCAUCUGUUGCUCAGUCAAGGACACGGGCGUGAAUGCCAUCGAGUCACUUAUGGAGAAGAAGGGGAAAUUCGACUACAUCCUGCUCGAGACGACAGGCCUCGCUGACCCGGGAAACCUGGCGCCGCUAUUCUGGGUUGAUGACGGGCUCGCCAGCACCAUCUACCUCGACGGCAUAGUAACGCUGGUCGACGCUAAGAACAUCCUCCGUAGCCUCGAUGAUCCGGCGGGUAAGGUCGAGGGACACGAUGAGGCCGACGCCCAUGGCCCCGUCAUGACGACUGCCCAUGUUCAGAUCUCGCACGCAGACGUGAUUGUGAUAAACAAAGCCGACAUGGUGAGCGGCAAAGAACUACAGGCUGUGAAAGCACGGAUCGAGUCCAUCAACGGGCUGGCCAAGAUCCACGUCACCACGCAGAGCGUUGUACCGCAGCUCGAGGGGUUCCUACUCGAUCUGCACGCUUACGACCGCGUUGAGGAGCUCGAUCGCGCAGAUCGGGGCCAUAGCCAUCUCGACAAGACAAUAUCGACUAUUUCAAUCCCCAUACCAGCCUUGACUGCUGACCAGCUCAAGGCCGUCGAUGCGUGGCUUCGGUCGGUUCUUUGGGAAAACGUGAUACCUAACGGCGCACAUCAAGAUGCACCCAAUCGUCCAGCAUUUGAAAUCCAUCGCCUGAAAGGGCGGCUGUUCCUGAGGGACGACGGCGAGAAGAUGGUGCAGGGCGUGAGGGAGGUUUUUGACAUCUUCGACAGCCCUGCCCCGUUGCUUGACAAAGGCGGCGGCGGUCGCGCAGGGAAAAUGGUACUGAUUGGGCGGUAUUUGGAUGAUUACGACUUCUCAUCGAGCCUUCGCCAACUGUGCGAAGCCGCACUGUAGGCAGCCAACUCCUCCUGUGAUAUGUAAAAUAAAUCCCUUCCCAAAAGGGAACGCGCAGCGCAUUAAAUGCCCCAUCUAAACAAAGCAGCUAAGCUCUGCUUCGUUCCGUAUCAAACCAAAGAACACGUGCGCCAUGCAAAACCGUAAUGACUUGCGAUCUUCUCAAGGGAUAAAGUAGCAGCCAGCAAUUGGUUUGCUUGCUGUGCACGCGUGUGCUUUCGUGUUUUUAGUGGCAUGGAAUCCUUC